UGGUUUUGGUCAUGAAUACUCUCACAAUGGGCGUUAGAAAGUGAAAAGUGUGACAGACGUUUGGAUUUUGUACGGGUUGUUGUAAUGGCGCGGAUGUGAGCUGUAUGCUCUCGAACAACCAAUCUGUUCGUCCUCUUCCUUCUUUGUUUGCUUGCUCCUUAAGCAUAUCAGUAUAUAAUGCGCAUGAAGAUGAGGCAACUCGCCACCAUUUCCGAUCUCAAUCAGUUUGGCUAUGGAGGCUUUUCUUCUCGAUAUGCCCUAAAGGUGAAAGGAUCUUCGAGAUCUAUUUGGGCGAUUUUUGGAAAUUAGCUUACUGGAAGUGGAGGAUAAUGUUGCCUGGUUUACUUGAAAAUGGAAGCGUUGAUUUCGAGAAGGCUUUGGAGAAUUUUCUCUACCCACCAAUUGUAAAUGAUGCUGCCCAAGCAGAAAAGGCGUUCAUCGUCUCCACCCCUGGAAUGUCACCUUCAUCCCUUUUGGAGGAGGUAACAGAUUCAGAUCGUGAUAAUGACAAGUGCUGUGUUACUCCUCUUCAACGUUUGAUUAAGAUGGUAAACGUAAUGUCACCUAAAGCGUUAAGUGCUUCUGUUAGUGACAUAGAUUCUAUUGUCUGUAUGACUGAUAGAGUAUCUUCAUCAGCGCCUCUUAACAAGUCAAAAGGUGCAGUUGGCAUGGAUUUGGCGGGCACAGUUGCAUCUCGUCUGAGAAGAAAAUGUUCAAGGUUUGGAGGCACUAUUGGAUCAAGGAGAACAAGACACUACAGAUGUUUGAUGGAUUGUGAAGGCUUUGACUUGAGUUCAUUAUUUACUCAAAGGUCAAGAAUAAUUGAGACUCCCAAACAUUCGAAUUGGCAUGGGUUUUCAUUGCCGGUGAAGCAAUCUUUAUUGGAAGAAAUUAGGAGGAUAAAUGAGCAGCUGAUUUAUACAGAGGUGUCUAUUUGUGACAAAGAUAUGGUAACGACGGAUCCUGGAGCUACAAUUGGCAGAAGUGAAGGGAUCUUAGUCGAAUGUUCUUUUGGUGCUGUGUGUACCCUUUCACAUUUAAUCUCACACCAAACUUCAGCUAUUCAGUUGGCAAUGCAUCCCUUAAAGUUGCUUGUUCCCAUAGGCUAUCCGCACAUUUCUCCAAUAUUCAAGAUGGAAGCUUGUCCAACAGGUUGCGAAGACCUUUCAUUGCAGGCAAGGGAAAAGUUCAACAUGUCUGUCCGAAGCCUUGCACAUCCAUUCUCUAUAAGUGAAGUGGCCAGGACAUGGGACAUGUGUGCUCGAGACGUCAUUUCGGAGUAUGCUCGACAAAACGGCGGUGGCAGUUUUAGUUCAAAGUAUGGCUCCUGGGAGGACUGUCUUCAUACUGCUUGGUCAUAACAAAUAAGCAUAUAGCAACAACUGCCAUUGAAGGAUGGUUGUAAUGGGUGAACUUCACUUCUCUAAUCCUUUUAUUUUAAUGGCAUUGACAGAAAACUAAGUGAGAGACUUCGUUUGAAAUCUAAUGGUUGGGUUUUGGGUUUGAGGGGUGAGGGAAGUUGCAUCUCUUGCACAUUUCGCUUCGGAAAAAGCCAAAAAUCUUGUUAGGGUUGUAAAAAAAAAAAAAAUGUGUUCAAGAAAUUAGGUGUCCAGGAUUCAAUAGAAAUUGAGCUGAGUCAGUCGUCAGAUUUCUGUUGAAAUGUUAAUUAAAAUGUUUGUGGAUGAGAUAUUUGUGAUUUUC